AUGCACGGCCCGACGAGUACCGCCGUGGCCUGCGCGCUGUGGCUGGCCUGCGUGACGCCGCUGCUGGUGGCCGACGCGGCCGCUCCGGUGGCCCGCCGUCCGCACGACAGGCGCGUCCGGCCCGCCGGGUCGACGGUGGCCGCAGCGGACGGUUACGUCGCCGCCGAGCCUGCCGCCAACGCCGCCACGGCCGGCGACGACUACGACGCGUACGACGAAGAGUACGAGGACAGCGGAGAUUCACGCAAGCGGCCGCCACCGCCUCCUCCGCCGCCGCCGCCGACGACGACUACGUCUCCGCCCGACCGCCGCGAAUCAAUGAACAAAUCUUCGUCGGACUCAUAUUCCCCAACUUCACUACCACCUAUACAGCCACCUUACGAUGUUCAACCAACAGAACCUGAUCAACCAGAGCAGUAUCCAGAAGGAUUAUAG